AUGACAAACCCCAGUCUCCUGGAGCUACCCCGAGGGGUCCAGCUCGUGUAUCUCGCAGAGGGCGGCGCCAAUGUCAUUUACCGCUUUGUCGCCGCCCCAUUAAAAUCCGCUCUCGUCGUGAGUGAAGCAAAGAAACAACUUUCCCCUAUCAUGAUCGACGAUCCGUGUGUGCCUCCUAGCUUCCAGGGGAAAUUGCUCCGGCUGCGCAAACAGACUGCCGGCGAUAUAUCAUAUAAAGAAAUCCAUCGAAACUUCAAUACCAUUGUGCGCCCCUUAUUCAGACCAGACCACUUAGUCGACCAGUCUCUUAUUCUUCUUCCGGGUGGACUUCUCCAGCGCUGUAAUGAGCAGCUGCGUGCUGCCGAACUCAACGGUCAACGUCCUAAAAAGCGCCAUGGUGGCUAUCUUUGUGCUGAUGAGCCUUUCGGUUUACUGAUCACUGAUAUGACAACCUUUGAUACGCCCGGCGCCACGCUGGCGGAGCUCAAGCCGAAGUGGCUUAUACAAUCUCCUUCUGCGCCGCCCAUGGCGCAUCGGUGUCGGACCUGUGCGCUGAGGGAGAUGAAGAACCACGAUGCGAGGUCUUUGGGCUUGAAAGAACAGCGCUCCUUUUGUCCGCUGGAUCUUGUGUCGGGCUGCUUUGAGGAUGUUUUACGUGCUACGGCUUUCAUCAAGGGCUGUAAUGAUCGCGCUCGACUGGCGCGCAUUUUAUUUCAUAAUCCUGUUCUUCAUACGUUGCAAGUUCAGCAGACAUCGUGGGCACAAGUGGGUCUGCAUGGGCCGCCUGCUUUCUCUCCAAAGACUUCCCUUGACAUGACACUGCGAGAUUGUACAAUGUUCAUUAAGAUCCCAAAUGAUGAAAAAUCCCCCGUGGAGAUCCGCUUGGGCGAUCUGGACUUGAAAACAGGCGCCGGGGGAAAAUCUACCUACUGGAGAAAGCUUGAAAUGCAGCUUCUUGACGGUGGCUGGUAUGAUGGAUCCAACGCCAAUCAAGAUCCCACCGAAUGCGCACUUCAAUAUCCAGGCCAAUAA